AUGGAUGAUGUGGAAAAUCUGAUAGAGGAAUACAUUUCACCUGAACAAGCUAUGUUUCGUUAUGGAAAAGAAAAAAAAAUAGAAUUAAUUUAUGAAAAAAAUAAAGAUAAAGAAGAAACAAAAAUAAGAAACGAGAUACUAAAAAAGCUAGUUGAUUUCAUAGAAAAUGAUCCCCAAAAGAAUGUAGAAGAAACAAAUGAAAAAACAGAAAAACAUGAAGAGAAUGACUGCACAUUCAGUGCAAUAACUACAAGUGUAGAGUGUAAAAAUGACAUGACCUGUUCAGAAAAAAAAGGGUUAAUUGAUCAGAAUAAAAAAAAUAGAAAGCUAAUUGACAUUAUUAUGUACUUAAAGAAAUACAAUUUUUGCAAUGAAAAUAUAAAAAGAGGAACAUCGGUAAAUUUAAUAUCUCAAUUAUUUGAAGAAAUAGAUUUUAUAGAAUUGGAAAUAGAAUAUUUUAGAGCUAUAAUUAAUUUUUUUAUUAAAAAAAUUGAAGAUUGGCAUUGUAUAAAUGGAGUUUUGAAUUUUUUUUUAAUUAUUUUUGAGCGAUAUAAAAACAAAUUAGAAGAAAUGCAAUAUUGUGAUGAGAUUACAGAAGAAUAUAAGAAAUUAUUUAUUUCAAAAAAUAAAAAAGAAAAAAAUAAUAUGAAUAACAAUGACAAUAUUUAUGAUAAAAAUAAAAUAAUAGGUAGCGAAAAUGACGAAAUAAAUGAAAAUGUAAUAUCAAAUUAUUAUAAUAAUUAUAAUAGUGAAAAUGAAAGUAAUGAAUCAUGGAGAAGUAGCUAUGAAUGUCAGCAUGAAAAAUAUAAUAGAAGAGAUAAUGAUUUUGAAGAAUUUGAAAAUGAAGAAGAAUCAGAAAAUGAAAAAAUUAAAGAAAAUAGUACAUGUAUUGUUUAUAAAAUUAUGAAAACAAUAUUUAAACACAUAUUUGCACCGAGUUAUUUACAAAUAGUAAGAUUCAAAUAUUAUAAAAUAAUUUUAGUAUCGUUAGAACAUUUUAAAAAUGAAAUAAUAAAUAUUCCAAAUUUUAUUAAUAAAAUACAAGUACAAUUAGAAGGGGAAUCAGAUCCUAGAAAUAUAUUAGUCUUAUUUGAAAUAAUAUAUAUAUUAUGCAAUAAAUAUAUAUUGCCUCUUAGUUCAAAAUCACCUAUGAUAAAUAUUUAUGAUAAUUUUGAGAAUAAGGAUGAUGAAAUAGAAGAAUCUGAUAGUUUAUUUUCAUGGAAAAAAGAAAAUGAAUAUUUAAAAUCACUAAUUGAUAUAGCCUUUUAUUAUUUUCCUAUCGAAUUUAUUAAUAAUGAUGGACGAUAUGAUUUUGUAAGUGAACAAAAUUUACAAGAAUCUUUUAUAAAAUGUUUAAAAUCAAACAAAAGAUUAGGAAAUUAUAUAAUUGUGAAUAUAUUAGAUCAUUUUUAUAAUUAUGAAAAUGAAGAAAUUAGUGAAAAAAAUUUAAAAAAUAUUUUAGAAACUCUCAAAAUAUGUCUACCUUUUUAUGGAGCCGAUUGCUGUUCUCAAUAUAUAUCAACUGUUUUAGGAUUGAUCGAAUUAGAAUGUAUCGAAAAUAAUAAUGAUGAAAAUAUGAUUAACUAUUUGAUUGAGAUUCUUAUAAUAUUUAUAAAUUUAUUAAAUAAGGAAAAUAAUAAUAAAAAAAAAUAUAACUUAUAUAAUAAAUAUUUUAUAAAUAUUUUUAAAAAAUUUCAAACAUAUAUAAUAUUACAUAGAUGUAUGUAUCAAGGAAUAGAUUAUGAUAUAUCAAAUUUUGUGAAUUUAGAAAAAAACGACAUAUUUUCAAAUUCUGAUAGUAAGGAAUAUAUAAAUAGUUUUUUCCUUAAAAAUGAAGGGGAAGGGGAAGGUAACGAACAGAUAUACGAAUCUGAUAAUGAGUUACACAUCGAAAAGGAAAAAAUAAAAAUGUCGAAAAUGUUUGAUAUAUUUUCUGACAAUAUUCAUGAUACUGAUUUGUCAUAUGAAUGGGACGUUUCGGAAUAUGACCAAAGCGUUGAAAAUAGCGAAAAGGGUAGCGAAAAAGGCAGCGAAAAGGGUAGCGAAAAGGGUAGCGAAAAAGGUAGCGAAGCAAGUGACGACAAAAAUAUACUAUCUAUAUUAAAAGAAAAGAAUGAGAUUGAGAAAAUGAAUGAAGAAAAGGAUAAAGAAAAAAAAAAGAAUAAAAUAAAAGUAGACAAAUUUUAUGUAAUUGAAAAAAUAUUAACACAUAUAGCAAGUAGUAACACAUAUAUUUGUUUGUUAACCUUAAAAUUAAUAAUAGUUCCAAUAAUAAAAGAAUGUUAUUGUAUGAUUAAGAUUUUGAAUCUUCAAAAUAAUAAUAAAGAUAAAGAAAAAAUAUGGAAUUUAUUUGUAAUAUAUAUAAAUUUUGCAAACAAUUUGAUAGAAAAAAGUAUAAAAAUUUAUGAUAUCGUAUCAUUAAAAAUUAAUUUUAUAUAUGAAAUAUAUAUACUGAUAGAAAUAUUUAAUAAUGGAAAAAAUGAUAUAUUUUAUAAUUACCAUAAUUCUGGAUUACAAAUUUUUAACAUUCUUUCGAAUUUUUUAUGUAUGCACUAUUUUGACAAUAAAAAAAAAAAAAAAAAAAUUAACUAUUUUUCAGAGGAAAUAAAAACAGUAAAUAAUUACAAACAAGUUGAUAAUUGGGAAUAUUUAUUAUUUUAUAAAUCUCUUUUAUCUUUUUUCUAUAUAAUUGAAUUUCACCCCUUCAAGGUUAGAAGCCAGAUUGUGAUGCUUUACAAUGGGCACGAAAAUGGUAGAAAAAUAAAUGGUGGUGAGAAUAUAGAAGUAAAUAUGAACAAUUUUGAAUUUAUUGAUAUAUGGAGAAACGGCAUAGUUAAAGAGCAUGCAAAUUAUGUUAACGAUAUUGCCGAAAAUAAUGAGAACAUAUUACAUCAUAAUAAAAAUUAUAAAAAAAAUGAUUUAUUUUAUUUUUUAAUCUUAAUAAAUAAAAUAAUUAAGUAUAAAUAUAAAUAUAUACAAAAUUAUCUUCAUUUUAUUUUAUUUAAUUUGUCUUUUUUUAUUAUAAAGUUGUAUCAUUCUAAAGAUCAAAAUUAUCAAAAUUAUCAAAAUUUAUUAACACAUUUUUAUGAUGUUAACAUAAAUUAUAUUAUUUUUCUAAUAACCAAUAUAUAUUCAUUUGUUUUGAAAUAUUAUUAUAAUUAUGUAAGUGCAAUCAAAAAUAGUUUUUUAAAAAUGAAUAAAACAGAUAGUAUACAUGAUAUUCCAGAAAAUUUGAUAAAUAAUGAUUUAAAAAAAAACGGCAUCCUUUAUAAUUCUCAAAAUGGUGACUCAAAUUGUGACGAAUUUGUCUGCUUCUAUUUGCCUAAUUCAAAUAAAAAAGUCAAAAAAAAUAAUGUCGAUAUUUUUGGAGAAACAUUUCCAAAAGAUUCAGAAUCAUCACAAUCGAAUGAAGAUUUUAGGAAAUUUAUUAAAGAGUGUAACGGAAUUAAUAAUGAUACAUUUUUAAAACAAAAUAUGUUUAAAUAUGGUUCUAAAUUGAUUCCAAAUUUAUUUUGUGAAAUAGAAAAUAAGAAGAAAAAUAAUAGAAAUGAAAAAAUUAAAUUUAAUAAAAUAGAAAUUGUAAUAAAUGAAAAAAUAAAAAAAGAUUAUAUUAUUCCUUUUUAUUUUUCUUUUCUACUAUAUAUAUGUUAUUUUUAUACACAUAAUCUUUAUGGAAAAAUACAAAAUUUUGAAGAAAACCCAAAUGAAGUUAAUAAUAAAAUAAAAAAUAUUUAUGAUAAUAAAGACGAAUUGUAUAGUUCCUACAUGUAUGUAAACAUUUUUGAAAUAGUCGAAUUGUGUAUAAAAUAUAUAUAUGAAGAAAAAAUUGUAAGGGAAAUAUUUAUAGAUACACUUAAUAAAAAAAAAGAAAAAAUUAAUAAUUCUAAUAAUUCUAAUAAUUCGAAUAAUUCUAAUAACUCUAACAAUUCUACUAAAUAUGGAUGUAUAAAUUUGAUUAAUGAUAACGAAGAUUUAUAUUAUUAUUCAACUUAUAUAAAUGGUUUAACCAAUUUUAUAAAAUUAAAUGAAAUUAAAAAUGUAAAAAUUAUUAAUAUUAUUAUAAGUAUGCUUGAAGAUGAUCAAAAUAAUGAUUUAAAAGAUUGCAUUAUUAGUUUUUUAAAUAAAUUUUUUUUUUUUACAAAUUUAUUAAAUAUCGAAAUAAACUCAUUUUUAUAUCUACUAACUGAAAUCGCAUUAAUGUGUGACAUGAAUUAUAGACACGAUCAACAUGAAACGAUUUGCAAUCAACAUGAAACGGUUUGCAAUCAACAUGAAACGAUUUGCAAUAAAAAUAUUCAAAAUUUAAAAAAAUUACCAACUUAUUUGUAUAAUAAGGCAAAACAUUGGGUUAACCACAUUUUUAUUUUCCUUAAUCCGGAUAAAAAAUCUCAAUUUUUAAAAAACAUUAUUACGAUUUCUAUAAAUUCAAAUGGGUUGAGUGAAGAGAAAUAUGAUAAAAUAGCUAGCCAAGAUAAUUAUAUUUUUAUUCAAAAAAAUAAAAAUUUAUUACUAAAAAAUCAGCCAAUUCUUUUAUUAUUUAUUCCUUAUUUGUUAUCAUCACAUAUAUAUAUAGAGGAAGAAGAUAUUAACUCACUUUUGAAAUUUUGUAUAUAUAUAUUUUUUUUUAAUAUAUAUAAAGAAAAUUUUGGAAUUAAAAAUGACGAAAUGUUAAACCCUGAUGGGAUAGAAGAAGUUGCAAACGAACCAAUUGAAAAUGUUGAUAUUUUAAAGAAAUAUAAAAUUGAGAAUAAUUCUACAUAUUUAAAAGAUGAUAUUCAAAAUAUAAAAAAAAAUUUAAAUAAAAUAAAUUAUGAAUUAUUUAAAAAUUUAUAUAAAUGUAGUUUAACAAUUAUAUCAGUUAUAUUUGCACACAGUUAUAUAAAUAAAGAGGAUGCUUUAAAUUUUAUUUAUCAACAUUUUGAUGACAUAAAAUAUUUAAAUUUGUCUACAAAAAGUUCAUUGCUUUAUAAAAAUAUUAUUGAUCAAUUUACCGAAAUUUUUAAAUCAUUUAUACAUAUUAAAAAAGGUAUAAAGUCGGGUAAAAAUUGUAAUAAUUUUUUUAUUUUUUUGUCUAAAAUUUUUCAAGUGAAUUUUGAUCAAAAUUAUUAUCAAACUCAUGAUUUUAUAUUUUUUUUAUUUGAUCAACUUUAUUUUAAUAAUAAUAAUGCAAAAAUAAUAGAAACUUCGAAUUCUCAACAUAUUGAUUAUGAGAUUCGCAUAGUUGCAACGUCUUAUUUCAAAGGGGGUGGUAUGGAAGAGGAAAAAAAAGUUGCAAACAUGAGUGGCGAUAAAAUACGAUAUAAUUGGGAAUGUUUAGAAGAAAUAAAAAGGGGCUCGGCCAAAUCUAAUUCGCCUAAAACUUGUGCUAUUCGAUUAGCAAAUUUGAAGGCCAUCAUUUCGAAAAAAAACAACAUAGAAAAAAAUCACAAUUUAGAAAAAAAUAGCCAUUUAGAUGGUGUAGACAAAUUAGAGAGUGCAGAGUGUGAAGACUUCCACUUGAAUUGCCAUUUAUUUUUUUCUAUUUAUCAAAUAUUCCAAACUUUUUAUGAUUUAACUUUUUAUAUUAAAAGCGGUGAAAAAAAUAGUACGGAAAUGGAUAUGGGUGAAAACGUUGAAAAUGUUGAAAAUGUUGAAAAUGUUGAAAAUGUUGAAAACGUUGAAAACGUUGAAAAUAUUGAAAAUUUAUAUGAAAAUGUUAAUAAAGAAUGUGAAGAGCAUACAUAUAUAAUAUUUUAUUUUCAUUAUAUUUCUUAUAUAUAUGAAAAAAUAUAUCAUAUUAUACAUCAUAUUGACACAAACACUUUUUUUGAAGAAGAGAAUUAUAAUAAAAUAUAUUUUAUAAAAAAUUUAGAAUUUUUCAACAUUUAUAAAACUAUAUUAAUUAAUUUUAUUUACACAUUAUAUAAUUAUUUAUAUUUUAUUCAGAUAACAAAUAAAUAUAUUACUAUUACAGAAUUUUUAUUCAUGCUUAACGAUUGGAAUAUAUCUAUAAAACAAUCUAUGUCAUAUAAUUAUAUAAAAGAAAAUUACAAAAUUACAAAAUUUGUUAAUUAUUAUUGCUUAAAUAGUAAAAUAUGUCAAAAUGAUGAGUUGGAUACUAGUUCCUCUUUAUUGGAUGGUGAGGAUAAAGAGUGUAAAAAUUUAACUGAAAAUAAUAAAAAUAUUUUGCAAAAUUUGAGAUAUAAUAAAAAAGAGAAUCGUAAUAAAUAUAAUUGUAAAUAUAUUAGUCUUAUACAUAUAAUGUCUAUUUUUUUAUUAAAUAUGACUAUUGAACAAGUUUUAAAAAAUCACUACAAUGUUUUGAAAUUAUCAAUUUUAAAGGGAAUAAAUAAAGUUGCAAACUUUUUUAUUAACAAAUCAAGCUAUUUAUACAAUAAUAAAAGAUAUAUAAAUAAUGUUUUAAGGAAAAAUAUUAACAUAGUUAAGGAUAUAUUUUCAGAUACAAAUAAAAAUUGCAAAAAUGAAGAAAAACGAGUUUUAGUGAAAAAAAUUAUAUCAUUAAACAUAUUAUGUUGUUUGCGUUUAUUAUAUCUUAUAUUUAAACUUUUAAAUUAUUUUUUAAAAUUUGAAAAUAAAAAUGAAAAUAUAAAUCUUGAACCUUAUGAUGAUAAAAAAAAAAAUUCACUAAAUAACCAAUUGCAAUUUUUGUUAUCAUACAAAAAUAUAAUCAUUAAGUCAGUAAUGAAAAUAAUGAUUUCUGUUCCUUUUAGUUUAGUUAGAUAUAUUUGUGCUUGUAUUUUUUAUCUUCUUUCUUUUUAUAAUUAUCAGUCUUUUUUACCAUAUUCCAUAAUCCAGGAUAUUAAUUGGAACUUAUCCAUAGCCUCAAACGACCCACAUAAAAACGUUCGAAAAAUCGUAAUGUUGUGCAGAUCGAGAUGGAUGUAA